GAUUGGCAAGAAACCUGUUUGUGAAUACAAUGCGCCUAUGAUUUGGGCGGCUUAAGUCAUAAUUAACCUAGUGGAUGGCAGGGUGCACUAUUCAUUGAACCCCACCUCAAAGGACCAAUUCCUGCAUGGCUAUUCCUCCCCGUAUUCGUGUCUCAUAUAAGUUGGUGAGAACCCGUACUUUGUUUUUGGGAUAGAUUGAUUUGCGGCCCCCCAAAAAGCGAAAUGAUAUUCACGUCAUGUUAUCCUAUAUUAAUCGGCUACAAGUGAAAUCAUGUCGAGCACUCAUAAGAUCAUCUCUGUGUGUUUCCGAGCCUUUGAAUUUGGCUGCGCGAUUAUCAUUCUAGGUAUUCUUGCCAGAUUCUUCCACCUCAUUAACCAGUUCAACGGUCCUAAAGACUCUCGCUUGGUGUAUGCUAUCUCUAUGGCUGCUAUCAGUGUUCCAGUAUCCCUCAUACUUCUCCCACCUCUCAAAUAUUCGUUUUUCUUAUUUCCUUUGGACUUUGCUCUUUUUACCUGUUGGAUUGUUUGCUUUGCCUUGCUGGAAGAUCUCUCUGGCACGAGUACUUGUACAGCGUCCUGGUACAAUACUUAUUGGGGAGUUUAUUGGGUUAGUGGACCUGGCAACACAACAAUCGUCACAACUUCCGCAUGUUCCAAAUGGAGAGCAGUACUGGCAUUCAGCUUCAUUAUUGCCUUCUGCUGGCUCAUUAAUGCUUUUUUGGGCCUUUAUGCCGGCGUCGAAUACCAUAACUUAGGUGCUCUUACUGUAUCUACCGUAAGCAAAUGUCUAUGGUGGAGGAAGCCGAAAGCAGAGGAUUUAGAACGAGACGGACAGAAGCCAGAAGAAUCGCAAAAUCUACAUCAGGUUGGAAAGCAAACGGGCCCAACCGGUUGACUGUGUUCUUUCAAUUAGUAAUAUUUGAUGUGAUAUAAGUUACAUUUGUGGAAAGUCGGAAGGGAAGUUCAAGGACAGUUACUAGCUCCAAGAUGGACUUGGGCGAAAUACAAUGCUGGAUGUAUACCGCUUUUGACUAAUUAUUCAUCUAAUAACCGUACUUCAAUUUAGCCAUACCUCAACUUGAGAAUUCGUCUUAUUUUCCAA